GAAACACAUACAAGCAAGAGCAAGAGCCCAACGUACAAGUCCAAGGUCCAUGCUCAUACAAACGGUGCGUUUGUUUUGUCCUCACCGACUCCACUCUGCCAGAUUUUAAGCGCCAUGACCAAACCAUCUCAUCCUCUUCUAGUUCUAGCUCUCUCUCUCCCCUUGCUUGCUGCUGCUCUUGUUCAUCUUCUGCACCUGGGAUAAAAAUUUGGCCUUUUUUCUCCUCUGGUAGCCAAACUUUUAAUGCAUCGCUUGCAUUAGUUACUUCCAGGCGUCCACUUCGACCCAACCACCCCCCUCCCGCUUGGUUCGUCGUGGUUGCCAAAGCCCAACUCGUUCUCGUCUCCUCCCCUUCCGUUCCCUCCCCUGUUUCUUGACCCUGAUCGGGCUCCCCGUGCUCCCUCCGAUCCGGCGGUUGGGAUUUGGCGUCGAGGGGCGCGGCGGGGUCGCCAUGGCCGGGAACGCGAGCGGCGAUUCGUGGUUCUGGGUUUGAGGCAGUGGGCCAGCGGUCGACGCGCGCCGGCCCGCCCGGUAUGGCCGAGGACCACCACCACGGGUCGUCGCGGCACAUGUCGGCGUCGCAGAAGGAGCUCGGCGACGAGGACGCGCGGGUGGUGCGGGUGGGGGACGCCGAGCGCACCGACGAGAGGAUGGAGUUCGCCGGGAACGCCGUGCGGACGGCCAAGUACUCGCCGCUCACGUUCCUGCCGCGCAACCUGUUCGAGCAGUUCCACCGCCUCGCGUACGUCUACUUCCUCGUCAUCGCCGUGCUCAACCAGCUCCCCCAGCUCGCCGUGUUCGGGCGCGGCGCGUCGGUCAUGCCGCUCGCGUUCGUCCUCAUCGUCACGGCCGUCAAGGACGCGUACGAGGACUGGCGGCGGCACCGCUCUGACCGCGCCGAGAACAGCCGCCUCGCCGCCGUGCUCUCCCCUGGCGCGGGCACCCAGUUCGCCCCGACCAAGUGGAAGCACGUCCGCGUCGGCGACGUGGUGCGCGUCUACUCCGACGAGUCCCUCCCGGCGGACAUGGUCCUCCUCGCUACCAGCGACCCCACCGGCGUCGCCUACGUGCAGACGCUCAACCUUGACGGCGAGUCAAACCUCAAGACGCGCUACGCGAAACAAGAGACUUUGACCACGCCGCCCGAGCAGCUCACCGGCGCCGUCAUCCGCUGUGAGCGCCCGAAUCGCAACAUCUACGGAUUCCAGGCCAACCUCGAGCUCGAAGGGGAGAGCCGCCGGAUACCGCUUGGUCCGUCCAACAUCGUGCUGCGCGGCUGCGAGCUCAAGAACACGACCUGGGCCAUCGGCGUGGUGGUGUACGCGGGGCGCGAGACCAAGGCGAUGCUGAACAACGCCGGCUCCCCGACCAAGCGCAGCCGCCUCGAGACGCAGAUGAAUCGCGAGACGCUCUUCCUCUCCGCCAUCCUCGUCGCGCUCUGCUCGCUCGUGGCCGCGCUCUCGGGCGUGUGGUUGCGCACCCACAAGGCCGAGCUCGAGCUGGCGCAGUUCUUCCACAAGAAGGACUAUGUGAGUCACGACACGAACGGGAACUACAACUACUACGGCAUCGCGGCCCAGAUCGUGUUCGUCUUCCUCAUGGCGGUCAUCGUGUUCCAGAUCAUGAUACCCAUCUCGCUCUACAUCUCCAUGGAGCUUGUCAGGCUCGGUCAGGCCUAUUUCAUGAUCCGGGACACGAACCUGUACGACGCGUCCUCCAACUCGAGGUUCCAGUGUAGGUCUCUCAACAUCAACGAGGACCUAGGCCAGGUCAAGUGCGUCUUCUCCGACAAGACCGGCACGCUCACCCAGAAUAAGAUGGAGUUCCGGUGUGCCAGCAUCCAGGGCGUCGAUUACAGCGACGUCGCGCGGCAGCAGCCUGUUGGUGAGGGCGACCGGAUUUGGGCGCCCAAGAUGGCGGUGAGCAUCGACAGCGAGAUCGUGGAGCUGCUGAGGAAUGGGGGCGAGACAGAGCAAGGAAGGUACGCACGGGAGUUCUUCCUUGCGCUGGCAACGUGCAACACCAUUGUUCCUCUGGUUCUUGAUGGCCUGGACCCGAAGAAGAAGGUCGUGGACUACCAGGGCGAGUCGCCGGACGAGCAGGCGCUGGUUUCCGCUGCCGCAGCGUACGGUUUUGUGCUAGUUGAACGAACCUCCGGCCACAUUGUCAUUGAUGUCCUUGGUGAGAAGCAGAGAUUUGAUGUUCUUGGACUUCAUGAGUUCGACAGUGACCGAAAGAGGAUGUCUGUUAUAAUUGGUUGUCCUGAUAAGACUGUCAAGCUGUUUGUAAAGGGUGCAGAUAAUUCGAUGUUUGGAGUCAUUGACAAAACAAUGAAUCCAGAUAUUAAUCAUUCAACCGAGAAGCAUCUCCAUGCAUAUUCCUCAUUGGGGCUGCGAACGCUUGUUAUCGGUAUGAGGGAACUUAGCCAAGAAGAGUUUCAGGAGUGGCAAAUGGCCUAUGAGAAGGCUAGUACUGCACUACUAGGAAGAGGAGGCUUACUCCGUGGUGUGGCUGCCAACAUCGAACGAAACCUGCGGUUAUUGGGAGCCUCUGGUAUUGAGGAUAAGCUGCAAGAUGGUGUACCCGAGGCAAUUGAAAAACUGAGGGAAGCUGGGAUUAAGGUUUGGGUCCUAACUGGUGACAAGCAGGAAACUGCAAUCUCCAUUGGGUUUUCCUGUAAACUUUUGACAAGGGAGAUGACGCAGAUUGUAAUCAACAGUAACUCGAGAGAAUCAUGCGGAAAGAGUCUAGACGAUGCAAUUUCAAUGGUUAAGAAACUCCGGUCAUUAUCAACGGACUCACAAGCUAGAGUUCCCCUUGCUUUGAUCAUUGAUGGUAACAGCCUUGUCUACAUUUUUGACACAGAACGCGAAGAGAAGCUUUUUGAAGUGGCAAUAGCUUGCGAUGUUGUUCUAUGUUGUCGGGUUGCUCCCCUACAGAAGGCUGGAAUUGUCGAUCUAAUAAAGAAGCGGACAAGUGACAUGACUUUGGCUAUUGGAGAUGGUGCAAAUGAUGUAUCCAUGAUUCAAAUGGCUGAUGUUGGCAUUGGCAUCAGUGGGCAAGAAGGCAGGCAAGCUGUUAUGGCAUCAGAUUUUGCCAUGGGACAAUUCAGAUUUUUAGUUCCCUUGUUGUUGGUUCAUGGUCAUUGGAACUACCAGAGGAUGGGCUACAUGAUCUUAUACAACUUCUACAGAAAUGCUACUUUUGUAUUCGUGCUUUUUUGGUAUGUGCUUCACACUGGUUUCACCUUGACAACAGCAAUAACUGAGUGGAGCAGUGUGUUAUAUUCUGUGAUCUAUACUGCUGUCCCAACUAUUGUUGUUGCGAUUCUUGACAAGGAUUUGAGUCGGAGGACAUUGUUGAAAUACCCCCAACUCUAUGGUGCGGGACAGCGUGAGGAGAGUUACAACCUAAGGCUGUUCAUAUUUUUCAUGAUCGACUCCAUCUGGCAGAGCCUCGCAAUUUUCUUUAUCCCUUACCUUGCAUACAGAAAGAGUACAAUUGACAGUGCCAGCCUGGGAGACCUCUGGACACUGGCUGUUGUCAUUCUUGUGAACAUUCACCUUGCAAUGGAUGUUAUCAGAUGGAACUGGAUCACGCAUGCAGCAAUAUGGGGCAGUAUAGUCGCAACGCUGAUUUGUGUCAUGGUCAUAGACUCCAUACCAAUAUUGCCUGGUUUCUGGGCAAUAUACAAGGUGAUGGGAACUGGAUUGUUUUGGGCAUUGCUGCUCGCGGUAAUUGUGGUUGGAAUGAUUCCUCAUUUUGUCGCCAAGGCCAUAAGGGAGCAUUUCCUUCCCAACGAUAUUCAGAUUGCGAGAGAAAUGGAGAAAUAUCAAGAUUCUCAUGAUGUUACUCAUCCAGAAGUUCAGAUGAGUACAAUGGCUCGAGCUUAGGUUAGGGUCCACAUAGUGAUCUUUUUGUUCAUUCAGAUAGGAUAGCUCUACACUUUUCUUUGGUUCUUUUUACUGUGUGUAUACUAGGCAAUUCUUUCUGUAGUAAGCACAUUUCUUGCUGCUUGCUACCUUGUCGGCUAUCCAAAGGAUAGGUUCUUUCUUGUAACCCAUGCUGUGUAUCCGCCUGCCAAAUUUUGUUGAUUUAUACGGAAAGGAAAUCAUACAGAAGUGAAAUCAUACAGGAGUUAACUGUACAUUUUCAGAAA